AUGUAUUUUCCGAGUAACUAAAUAAUAAUUACUCCCUACACUCAUUCACACAAUGUUGGUGAUAUCUUGUGUAGACCUCUCUCUUAACCUUCCUCUUCUUUUUCUCUCUAGGCCGUGUGUAAACUCACACCCAAAUAUAAAGAAAAAGAUUCCUCUUAUAAGAGGUGAAGGCCAAAAAAAACAUCCCCAUCCCAUUACUUUCGUACACCACCAAAAACAAGGGAAGGAGACAAUUAGCUCCCCCUUCACAUGCAUGGCAUCAUGGGUCCACUUCACAUGCAUUAUGUAAGUUCACAGGGUUGUAUGUCAUUGCAUAGUACCACAAUGCAGAAAUUGAGCUAGAGAGAGCCAAAUUGGGAGAGAUUUUCUUCCAGGACAAUACUCUCCACUAAUUUGAACUUGCGUCAUCUCCUCCAAUGUUGCUUUUUGUGGAAGAGAAGUAUGGCAAAGAAACCAAAUAGUGGGACAAACAUAGGUUCCGACCCGUGUUCGUGGAAGGGCGUCACUUGCGCCCCAGACGCUUCCUCCACAAUAACCACCAUUUCCCUUCGCAAGUUUUCCAUUUCUACGCCGGAUGUUUUUCACCUUCUUUGUGGGAUCAAAAGUCUUGAGUCUCUUGAUGUGUCUGACAACCAGCUGAGCUCAAUCCUGGACGGGUUCAUAGCUGGUUGCGGGGGCAUAAGGGGAUUGAGAGUGUUGAAUUUGAGUGGCAACUUUUUAACUCGCCCUUUGUCUGGCUUUAGGCAGGGGUUUGGUGCAUUGGAAUCACUUGACCUGUCUAAGAACAAUCUGUCGGGGAUUGUCGGUCUUCAAUUGGAUAGCUUGAGCUCGCUCAAAAGUUUGAACAUGAGCUCAAACUUUUUCGUUGGACCCAUUCCGGUUAGUCUUGGAAAAGCCAAUGCAUUGUCGGAGCUUAGGCUCUCUGAUAAUGGCUUCGAGGGCGAAAUCCCUUCUCAGAUUGUGAGGCAUGGGAACUUGACUUACGUUGACCUUAGUUUUAAUGAGCUCUCGGGAUCAAUCCCUGAAAGCCUUGGGGAUCUCUCGAGGUUGGAUACAUUGAUAUUGUCAGGUAAUAGUUUAAAUGGCUCAAUCCCACACACUCUUGGGAAAAUCAAAACCUUCUCGCGGUUUGCAGCGAAUCAGAAUGCUUUUGUUGGAAGUGUUCCUGCUGGAUUGACUACUUACCUCAUUAAUGUAGACCUCAGCUUCAAUAGGUUGAAUGGGACAAUCCCACUCACCCUUUUAUCUCCAACAAAUUUGCAGUAUGUGGAUUUGUCUAACAAUAAUUUGGAGGGUUCCAUACCUACAACCAUGUCAUCAAGUCUUAAUAGGCUCAGAUUGGGAAACAAUUCUCUGUUUGGCCCCAUCCCAGGCAAACCCUUUCGAAGCCUCCAGAAUCUGACGUACUUGGAAUUGGAAAACAACCAUUUGAAUGGAAGCAUACCAGUUGAGCUGUUCUUGUGCCAAAAGUUGGCUUUGUUGAAUCUUGCCCAGAAUGAACUGACCGGUUCUUUACCCGUUCAGAAUUCAUUCACUGGCUCUGUUAGCGUGUGUGCGGCCCCUAUACCAGAUUCAAUAUCCAGCUUGAAAAACCUUGCAAACUUGGACUUGAAAGAGAAUAAGCUGAAUGGCUCCAUACCAAAGUCAGUCAGCACCUUAAAUCGUCUUCUGGAACUCGAACUUGGAAACAACAGACUUAGUGGGACUAUUCCACAAAUGCCAAUACAGUUGCAAAUUGCGCUGAAUCUCAGUCGCAAUCUCUUCAGUGGAACCAUCCCAACCACUUUGUCUGUGCUGUCUGCAUUGGAGGUUUUAGACCUCUCAUAUAACAUACUCUCCGGUCAUAUUCCAGACUACUUGACUAAGAUGAGUGGUUUGACACAGAUAAUACUGGCAAACAAUCAACUUUCCGGACUUGUUCCAACUUUUCCUUCAUAUGUGUCAUCUAAUUUCCGCGGAAAUAAGGGCCUGAUUUUCCCUCCCCCAAAACCUGGCCCGAACUCUCAGCCUAUGCCAUCAAAGAGGAUAUUAUCAGUAGCUGUUGUGAUUGGGAUCGCACUUGCCGGUUUUGGGGCUGCUCUAAUUUUGUUUAUAACUCCAUCAAUAUGGAAAACAUAUUAUCAUUUCGGGGAAAAUGCUUCUUCUUCUCAACCACCUCAAGUUGUCUGUGGAAAGCUUCUAAUGGCUAAUGGUUUCCACAAGUCUUGCAUUGACUUCAAGAAAGCGAUGGAAGCCGUGACUGAAACCUCAAACAUUGUCUUGAAGACCAAACUAUCAACCUAUUAUAAAGCAGCCAUGCCCUCGGGUGCGAGCUACUUGGUCAAGAGGCUUAACUAUAGUUACAAAAUAAUCCAAUUCGAACAAAAUAGUGGGAGAUUCGGGAGAGAGGUAGAGAGGCUUGGGAAGUUGAGCAACUCGAAUAUCAUGACCCCCUUGGCCUACACCUUGACAGUAGAUAGUGUCUAUCUGUUUUAUGAAUUUCCACCUGCUGGGACUCUUUAUGAAGCUCUUCAUCAUCAUGGCAGCAGCAAGCUGGAUUGGGGAAGCCGCUACAGCAUAGCCAUCGGAGUGGCUCAAGGUUUGGCAUUUCUACACGUCGGUAGCUCCAGCAGCCCAAUCCUUCUCCUUGACCUCUCCAGCAAAACCAUUAUGCUCAAGUCCCUGAAGGAGCCCCGUAUUGGAGAGAUUGAAGUCUACAACUUGAUCGCCGACGACCCUUCAAAAGGCACUGACAAUCUUUCCACUGUUGCUGGUUCAGUUGGCUACAUCCCUCCAGAAUAUGCAUACACAAUGAAGGUGACUAUGGCUGGCAACGUGUACAGCUUUGGGGUUGUUCUGCUGGAACUGUUAACAGGGAAGCCAGCGGUAAGUCAGGGAAGCGAGUUGGCCAAGCUAAUUGUUUCAAGCAAGUCGGGAGAGGAAAACAAGUGGGGUGACAUAAUUCUUGACUUUGAUGAGAGUAAAACAUCUGUUGCCGCCGUUAGGAGGAGGCAGAUGGUGUCUGUCAUGAAGGUGGCCCUUGCCUGUGUUAGCGUCUCGCCGGAGGGAAGGCUAAAGAUGAAGACUGUCCUUAGAAUGCUCUUAAACGCAAAUUGAUUGAAACGCCCCAAGAAAAAUGCACAACGGAAACUUUUGGAUAAAUAAAACUUAGCUUCAGUUGAGUAGGAGGAGCUCUUGUGCUAAUACAUUAGUGAUGCUAUGAUUCUUUUUCCCUGUGUUAAUUUAAAAAACCUGACUUACAAGUCUUAUGGUUCUAUGAUUGAAAACUUUCCGCCAAUGAAUUGACAAGUGUCAGAUGUACUCUUCCGGUCAACCUUGCAUCCGGCAAAGUCAGAAUCUGAGUAUCCCACUAACUCAAAUGAGCUACUCUUAGUGUUAGAAUAAUAGACCAACGCUAGAGGGGGGGGGGUGAAUAGCAUUUGAUCAAAAAUCGCAGGAAUAAAAAAUGAAUAAACGAGAAGUAAAGAGAAGAGUAAGAGGCACACCGAUUUUACCCUGGUUCACCACAACUUGUGGCUAAUCCAGCCUCCCGAGAGACUCUCUCGAGCUACACUACUAUCUCGUUAAGCUUAACGGUGCUUAACAAACCCGUACAACUUGAGAAUUCGA